AAGAGAUUGCAGGAAUAUAAAAGCUCUCUUAAUCCUCUCAAGAUUUCCUACGUCACAGUUAAUUAGUGCGUGUACUUAUUAUUAAGCUGAAAACAUAUUAAUUAGAGGAAGCAUAGAUGGAUAAUUUCCACUCAAUGUUUUCUUUUCAACAAGACAAUGAUAAUGAUAACCACCAGCUCCUUUAUCCACCAACAAACACCAAUUCUUAUUCUUUUCUAUAUUAUCAAGAUACCGCCCAUGUCCAAGAUCUGGUUACGGAUUCAUUAUUGGAAGUGGACACAAAUAACUUUAACUUGAACAAUACCAGAGAUGUUAAGAAGAGAGGCAAAAAGUUGCAGAAAUCAUCUCUUCAAGUUAAUGAAAACAGUACUAGUGCUGAUGGAAAGCAGAAGAAAAUAAUACACAGGGAGAUCGAACGGCAAAGAAGACAAGAAAUGUCUAACCUUUAUGCUUCUCUUAGGCAACAACUUCCUCUUGAAUAUCUCAAGGGGAAACGUUCCACAUCGGACCAUAUUCUUGAGGCUGUGAAUUAUAUAGAACACCUGCAGAAGAAGGUUAGGAAUUUGGAAGAUAAUAGAGAUAAAUUGAAGAAGGCUUUAAGUUCAAGCAAAGUUGAUUAUCCCAAAAGUGGAUGCUCGACAUUAUCUAGUGAGUCCUCAAGAACAAUUAUGGAAGUGAGGCCAUGUUUGGAUGGCAUAGAGAUAUUGAUAAAUUGGAGUGUCACGAACGAAGGGUGUUGUCUAUCCAGGGUUCUUGAAAUUCUACUUCAACAAGGUCUUAGCAUUGUGAAUUGCAGCUGCAAUAAAGUAAAUGGAAGGUUACUUCACUCUAUCAGAACUGAGGUUAGUUCUCCGGCAAGUGUUGAUGCUUAUCAGCUCCAACAAAAAUUAGCAGCUACUGUUCAAACUGAUAUAAGCUUCAAGUAAUUAAAUCUACCAUAUUUCGGUUUUUGUCUUAACAUUUAUAUAUGAUCAACGUUUGCCUAGCUAAUGUAUAAAAGGAAAGUAGAAUUUCAAUGCUGAAAAUUCAU